AUGUCAGAUAAUAAACAAGAAUCUACACCAUCCCAAAAAAGUCAAAAUACAAGCAAUGCACCAGCAGAUGAUCCUUUAACUCAGAACUCCGAUCAUAACGCUCCUAUUGUGAUACAGCCAUAUGCUAUUGAGGAGCCGGAUGAGGACCCUCCCCCGGUGUCUUCCAAGCCUACUAUUCUGUUUCUUCCAGGAUCCAAUUCCGAGUAUUGGCAAACCGAGCUGGUGGACUCAAUGGAUGGCCUACAUUGUGAAUCUGACAAUAGCAUCACCAAGCCGAUAUCACGAUAUAGCCGAGGCAAGAAAAGGAAACCGUCCAGCACUGCAACUGGGGUUUCCCAAAUAUUCCAAAAACAGGGACCUGGAAUGUCACAAGAUCGACGGUACGAAGAGGGACCCAAUCUGAAGUUGAGAAAGCUCCGCAGAGAAACCAAGCAAUCCAACGAGGCUUUGGGAACUCCGGUAGGCGGUCUUUCGGACGUCGGACUCAGUGAGACUUCGACACGCCAAGCUGCUCAGAAGGCGAAGGAAGCCAUAUCAGCCGGCCCAGACACUAAGAGCAAGGGCGGAGCGGGCGCAAAGCGUAAGGAAGCUGCGCAUAAAGGUCCCGAGCCGAAAAGGAGCAAAAAGGAUGAUCAGAAGCCUGCGCUGGAAGAAGACCAGAAGGCGGAGGAGCGAAAGGAGGAUGUAGAAGAGCAAGUAAAGGAGGAGGAGGAGGAGGAGCAUAUUGAACAAGAAGCAGAGGGAGAGAAGGUUCGGCCGAUCAAGGAGCAAGCAGAGAAAGCGAAGGGUCAGCAGGAUGAGGAACCAGCAGAGAGAAAGAAGGAAGAGCCUGAAGAAGAGCGAGCAGUGGAGACAAAAGAAGAACAGGUAGAAGAAAGCAAGGAAGAACAACGGAAUGACAAAGAUGAAUCGCGGGAAUCAAAGACUGAACAGGAAAAACCUGCUGACGAGCAAGAGAAGCCUGCUGCUGAUGAGGUUGAAUCCGGGGUUCAAAAGUCACAGGAAAGAGAGGAAGCCGUUCCUUCGAAUAUACUCGAGAAAGGCGUAAUUUAUUUCUUUUAUCGACCUCGAGUUAACGUGUCCGAACCGCAUAGUGUUGACGAUGUUGCCCGAAGUUUCAUUGUACUACGUCCAACUCCUUUAGGGGCCUCACUGGAUCAAAUGCAGGGGUCUUUAGAAGCUGGCGCGAAAUGUCGGCUGAUGCUAUUGCCUAAAAAGAAAUUUCCAACGAGCGGGAGGGAGAGAGACAUGGGUUUCGUCGAGAAGGCUGGACAGACGAUGAAAGAGCUUCAGGAGAACUUCAUUGCCGGUGAGAAAUAUGAAACCUCGACUCGUGGCGAACGCACCGUGCCCGAAGCCAAGCCAUAUGCCGAAGGCGUCUAUGCAAUUACAUCCACCAAGCGAGCAUCGCACUUGGCGUACAUUUUGACCAUUCCCGGGGAAGUUGGCCCUCUCCAGGAAGACUUUGGCCUCCACGCGCGCGGUAGCUGGAUUGUGCAGUCGAAGAACCCGAAAUAUCCGGGCCCUUCCUUCGCGCAACUCCCAAAAGACCCUGAGUACCCAGAAAGUGUCCGCGAAAAGUUUCAGGAUUACCGCUGGGUGCCAUUGACACCUGAGUUCAUUGACUAUCCAAACGCUCAGUUCCUUAUGAUUGGUGAAGCUACAGAUGACCUUGGAAAGGCUGAUACUGCCGAGUCUGACGGCAAGCGGUCUGAGGAGGUCCAGCCUGGGGAAGAGCUGGAGAAGUUGGAGGGCGAGAACGAGGAGAGAGUUGAGUCAUUGAAAGGGGAUGAUGCUGUAUACAAAGAUCUGGGACUGGAUGCGAGUAAGUAUCCUAAGGUGCCAAUGACUUGGGACAGUCAGUAG